UUUGGACAAAAAAUCGAGAAGCUACUACCUACUACAGGGGGUACUUUCGUUUCCGGUGAAAGGAGCUUCUCAGGUUCUCGUGAUGGGGGCAGAAGGCGAGGCCGGCAGUAAGCAGCCGCGGCCCGAAUCCACCGCCGGCCCGCCCGCAACUGCGGCCAUGGCGCCGCCCAUCACCGCAGCCCAGUUCCUCUCCUGGAAGCAGCGAAAGGAUGCAGAGGAGGCUGCACAGAAAGCUGAAGCAGCUCAGAAGAGAGCCGCAGAUAUAGCUUCAGGAGCAGUGCAAAUGAAUGGCCGUGAGCUGUUCCAGCAUGAGCCCUGGGUGUUUGACAAUAACAUUUACUGAGAUGAUCAAAUUGUUGAAAUUCACAUAGCUAGCGUGUCUGCUGUGCUCACUGUGAAAUUCCAGAUGAGAGUUUGCGCAAGCCCCUUUGAGCUUUGUUUGUAAGCCACAAAACUUUGCCGCAUAAAUGAAAAUGGAAACAGUACUCCACAGUAUCUUGUUCUGUGUUUUUAUCA